AUGUUUCCACGACGUGUUCUCUGUGGUAUACAACCUUCUAGUGUUCCACAUGUUGGAAAUUACCUAGGUGCUGUGAAGAAAUGGAUUGAUUUGCAGAAUAGUGGUGAUAAUUUAGUUGUCAUGUUAGCUGAUUUGCAUGCCGUGACUAUUCCGCGUGAACCUGAAGUGUUAAGGAAAUCGAUUUUAGAAACGGCAGCAUCAUUGCUAGCUUGUGGUAUUGAUCCGAAACGUAGUAUCAUCUAUCGACAAUCGCAACUUCCUCAUCAUACUGAAUUGAAUUGGUUGCUUAGUACAUUGACAACUGUUCAAAAAGUUGCUCAUAUUCCGACAUACAAAUCAAAAGUAAAAGAUGAUGCUCCAAUUCCAUUGGGUCUUUUUCUCUAUCCAGUUUUACAAUCUGCUGAUAUUCUUCUCUUCAAAACAACUCAUCUACCUGUUGGUGAAGAUCAAAUACCACAUUUACAACUGUGCACGUAUAUGAUCGAAAAAUUCUAUCAUUAUUACAAACAAAAUAUCUUUCCGGUGCCCGAAUUGCUAGCUACUGAAGCCAAUCGUAUUCGAAGUCUUCGUCGUCCUGACCAAAAGAUGUCGAAAUCGGAUUUUGAAGAACGCGCACGUAUUGAUAUUAUGGAUGAUGAAGAUGUCAUUCGUGAACGUGUUAUGAAAGCUUUAACAGAUUUUAAUUCUCAAAUUUCAUAUGACCGUCAACAGAGGCCUGGUGUGUCGAAUUUGAUUGAUAUCUUCGCUGGUAUAAGUGGCCAAUCAAUCGAAACCAUUGUGAAGGAAGCACAACGUGAUAAUUUAAACACGGGUGCAUUUAAAAAGCAACUUGCACAAUUAAUUAUCGAGCACUUUCGUCCCAAACGUUUAGAAUAUUUGAAAUUACUCGAUGAUCGGUCGCACCUAUUGAGCAUAUUAGAGAAUGGUCGUGAACGAGCACGAGAAAUAGCGGAUAAAACAUUGAAUGAAGUGAAAGAUGUUAUGGGACUUUAG